UUUGAGUAUACGUGGCUGCUGACAAGAAAGAUAUAUACCCUUGCAUGACAGUUAUAGAUGAAUAUCAUUGAACUUGAGAUUACUCAUUUUUUUCUAUUGCCAUAUCAUUUGUAACGAACAAAUAUGUAUUUACUUUAUUAUAUUGUAAUAUGAUAUAUGUGUAUACGUGUCAUUGCAUAUAACAGAAGGUUAUAUGCUGUUCAAUAAAAUGGCGUCCAUUUCCUUUCACUGCACAGACUCUAGCUGUUAUAGCGCAUACGUCAAUGAAUUAUAAUUAACGUUUUCCUCAUUUGAUAUUUAAAUUUUACAUGCAUGUUUUAACCUUUUAGGUUAAUGGUCGAUUUCACAUCGAUAUGUUCCUUGUUCAGUAUGCCGCAAUUAAUUUUAAUUGCCUCAAAGGCGUCAAAUGCUGGAAUUAACGGUCGAUCACAAAUGACGGCGAUGAAUGGGAAGAGACCACCCUCUAUCCCAUCGCGAUACCAAUCUGAAAUUAUAGCUCAACAUUUUGAUUUAAUUAAGUAUAUUUAUGAUUCAUGGAAUAGUGUAUCCAAGGAAUUUGAUAUGUGUAAUCAGCCACACAGUAAUUCUUCUAAUUAUAGAAAUGGAGCAUCCGUUACAUAUUACCAGGAACGAGAACCUAAUCCACAACUUAAAGAUUUCGAACCUUUCAACCUUGAAGCUUGGUGGGGACAACGAGUUGUUCAAAGUAUCACUAGAAGUUCAAAUUCCUAGUGCCAGGCUCAUCGUAUUGAUUACAAUCGAACAUUCUCAAAUAGGCAUAAGAAACAGAAAAGAUAAAUUCAGAGCUGCCGGAGAAAAACUUUUUCCAUUUCUAGAAACAAUUAAUUGUAUACUCGAAUACAAAUAAUGAGAGGAGGAUAGGUAUAGGUAUAAAUAAGUAUCUAGCAAUCAAUUUUGAAUCUUUUGAUAACAAAGUAGAGUAUUAGCGAAUAAUCAAAGAAGAAUAUUGAAAGGGAAGAGAUAGGGAAAGAGCAGGGUUAUGAAAUGGCAUUCCUCUGACGUUUUAUCAUAUUUUAAUAUAAUAUUGCCUCUUCCUGGAUAUUUUUACUCGUCGCGUUUUUUAAAAGUAUGUUACUGGUAUAAUUGGACAUAAGCCUGUUUCUGAUAUUAUCUUUCUACAAUUUGAGAAUCGAUGCAUAAAUAUUAAGAAAUAUAGUGCAUGUCGAAGCUAUUUAUUUUAUUUGCCAAAAAGCAAACGUAAUUGUAAGAAAUAGUUUGUUACAAAUGAAAUUUUCGUUGUUACUUAAGGAUAAACCUAGUAUAAUUAUUGAUCUUUUUAUCUGUUUUGUAAUUAAAACUUGAACACGGAAUGAUAAACGGAGAAAUUCUGAAAAAAUUCCAUCUAUUUCGAAUUAAAGGAAUCAUACGAGAGACGAGCUGAGCUUUUAAAGUUUAUGCAUACAUGUAUUUUUCCAGAGAUUGCAUUUCAGAUUUUUAAUAAAUUUUUCCAUUUAUACGUAUAUAACGAAAUCGCACUUCAAUGUAAAAGCAUAAAUAUGUUCUGAGAUUAUCUAAAAGAAAGUUUAUUCACGUACAAGAGUGUAGUGAAACGCACCUAUAUCUUUGACAACAAACGAACAACCUUUAACUUUUACUCAAAUAGUGUGAUAUACAUAUAAAUAUAUUACAAUUUUAAAUACAAUUAAAUAUUAAAUAUUAGUUAUGUACAUUUAUUAUAUAUGUAUGUAUGUAAUGUACAACCAUGCGUGUAUAACUCUUCUAUAAGAUCCAUCUCAUAACGUUUUUUAAUGAUAAACAACAAUAACGACUAACGUUUUUUGUAAACACGUGACAUCUUUACCAAUUGCUACUAGCGGUAUUUUUUUAUGUACAAUUCAAUACCAUGAGUAUUACUACGGUUAUGAUAAACCUAGUUCGAUACUGUUACGUGUUACGAGCAUUGUUGUAAUAUUAGGAAUUCGUGCACCUCGAAAAACAAUAGGCAUUGUUGUGCAUAAGCGUUAUUGAGUUAGUAUCUUGAUAUAAUCAAAUAUUUCACUAUUAUCACAGUAUCGUGAGUCUUUACCGAUCAUGGUUUGAGCUUGAUUUAUUGCGUUAGAUUUUAAUAUCUUGACCGUUCGUUCCAGGUUCCAGAGAUUUCUCUCUAUCGCACGUUUUUCACUAUUGAGCAUCUAUAUUUGAUUAAAUAAAGUCUACAUUUUGUACCAAUUAUAAUGAAAAAAUCAUUGUACUUUUCUCGAUUGUAUUGUAUGAAAUAUAAGAAAUAUAUAAAUUAA